UCUAAAAGACUGGAAUAAAAUGGAAGAAAUAGACAUAAAGGAAGAGGAUAUUUCUGAUGACCAGGUUGAGGCACCCAUGACAAAUCUUAAGGAAACACAAGAUAACAAGUAUGAUACAAGUACAAGAUGACUGAAGAGUCAGAAUAUGUAUAGAUAUACAGUGGACCCCCGGAUAACGAUAUUUUUUCAUACUGACCGAAUUUGUUCCCAUAAGGAAUAUUGUGAAGUAGAUUAGUCCAUUUCAGACCCCCAAACAUACACGUACAAACGCACUUACAUAAAUACACUUACAUAGCUGGUCGCAUUGGGAGGUGAUCGUUAAGCGGGGGUCCACUGUAACUGCAGAGAGAGUGAAAAAAGAGAGUGACAGGAAAAAGAAAGCAUCUAUGUAUCCAUGCACGUGGGAGAGAAAAUCUGAAAGAAAAAUAAAAAAGAUGGAAGAAUUAAAACAAAAAAUUGAAAAACAGAUCAUCAUUGCACCAGUGAAAGCAGAACAAGGAGAGACAAAAGAAAAGAUGCAGCAAAUCACUGAAAAGGUUGCAAGAGAGUUAUAUUCCAUUGGAAAUAAAGAUAAGGAAGGAAAUAAGAUAGAAAAAUCUGAAGUAUUGAAGGCAGACCACAAGAAAGAUUGCCCAGUACAUCUCUAUCCCUUGAGAGUAUUAUCAAGUGAGAAUAGUUGUACUCCUCUGGUAAGGUCCUCUCAUAGUCCACACUCAUUUUCACAUUUAUGUGACUGUAUUUUCUCAGAUGAGCUUUCACCCACACUCUCAAGGUCACAAAAAGAUGAAAGUCAAGACACCUCUAUAACCUCUGAGAAAUCUGCUUCUGAGAAACAAUUACAAAUGAAGCUUAUUGAAGCAGGUUGCUGUUUAACAGCAGAAUGUACAAAUUGUGUCAAGCCACAGACCAGGAAAUUUUAUUCUUUUCCUUCAACAAGUUUCUUGCUCACUAUGCCUACACAGACAUACACGAAUAAAUUAAGAAAAGUAUCAGAAACAUCAGCAUGUAGUAAUUCAAUAUUAAGAGAAACAUCUGAAACAAAUUCAUUGCCAUUGCAUCAUGAAAAUGAGUUGCCAAUUCUUCAACGCUCAGACCAAGUUCCAGUAGAAAUUUCCAAGAAGUGUAGCAUCAUAACUCAUGAUGGGUCAGACUUGCUGCCAACAUUUUCACUUCAAAACGACUUGUUAAAUGUUGAGGUUAAUGAUUCCCAUCCUUGGUCAUCAAAGAUUCUCAGUUCUGACAAAUCUUUAACACAUGCAAAUGAUAACACAAAACAUCAUUUGCCAUCAUAUAACUCCACUGAAGACUCAGUUUUACCAGUAGAUCCAAAGACUUUGGUCACUACACCAGUGGAUGACAUGUCCGAAUUUUGGGGGAUGACGUAGAUUUUUAUUCUGAUUCAUCCGGAAAAGACGAAUGUUUAACAAAUGUUUUCAAAUUUUGGCAUGUCCACAGUUCAUUAACAAAGAAAAAACUUAAUGAAGAUUCAGAUAAACUUAAUGGACCAUGGAGAUACAAUAUGAACUCUCCAGUGAAGAAUAAUAAACAAAAAAGCUUCAAGGAGUCCAUGGAAAUAAGCUCUUUGAAGGCUAAAACUAACGAUGUUUUUGAAUGUAAAACACCAAACAAAAAUAAGAAUGCCUUACGACCAUGCCAGGUUAUCCUGUCUCCUUUAACAGUGUGUUAUGCUUGUGGAAAAGUAUUUCUUGCAAGAGAUGAAUAUGAAAAGCACCUUAAAGAAUGCAAAGUGAUCCAAAAGUCUACCAAAGAGCACUUGUAUGUCUGAUUGCACUUUUUCUCGUAUCUACUGAUCAUAAUUAAAUUUAGCAAUAACUUUCAUGUUAUAUAUAAUUCAUAAUUGUUAGUUUCAAAGAAUGGUAUUCAGAACCCAUGUAUAUUUAUUUUGCACACCAGCUGUCUCUCUCCAAGGUAAGGUUACCCAACAAAAAAGAAAACAUUCACUAUCACUCAUUCUGUUACUGUUUUGCCAGAAGGGUGCCAGUAUCACAUUGUUUUCCUUAUUCACAGAGAAGAUACAAGUUUCAUUUAAUCAUUGUUUCAACUAAAAGCACCUUUUGAAUGUAAGUCUAUUUGGUUAAGCCAUUUUAGCAUAUUAGUUUUGCACUCUAUUACAUUUCAAUGAUAGAUAAAGUGAUACACAAAUUACUGCAAAUGACUGGUAUACUGUAGUGUUUGUUCAUUUCUGAUGCAAACUGGAAGAAAAAACAGAUGAAACUUUGAAAGGUCAGUUGCCUUUUUCUUUUACACCAUGACUGUGAUGUGAUAUAUUCCAGGUGGGACCAGCUGGGGCUUCUGAUGCUGAAAUAAGUCUUUCACAGUUUCGAACUUUCUUCAUUCCAGAAGGCUGUUUGAGUGCCAUUACCAAACAAAUUUAUUCCCAUAAGGAAUAAUAUAAAUUAGAUUUGUCCAUUUCAGACCCCCAAAUAUACACUUACAAAAGCACUUACAAUAAUACACUUACAUAAUUGGUUGAGUUGGGAGCUGUUCGAAACUCGGGUUCCACUGUACAGUAAUAUGUUAGAUUUUUUUUUUAACACAUCGGCCAUUUCCCACAGGGGUAGGGUGACCCAAAAAGAAAGAAAAAACUUUCAUCAUCAUUUAACACUUUCACCAUCACUCAUACAUAAUCAGUCUUUGCAGAGGCUCUCAGAUACGACAGUUUAAACAUCCCUCCAAACUGCCAAUAUCCCAAACCCCUCCUUUAAAGUGCAGGCAUUGUACUUCCCAUUUCCAGGACUCAAGUUCACUAACUGGUUUCCCUGAAUCCCUUCACAAAAUAUUACCCUGCUCACACUCCAACAGCUCAUCAAGUCCCAAAAACCAUUCGUCUCCAUUUCACUUUGUAGAAUAUUCUGUCCUCAGAACUAUGAUGUAUGUGUAGGAGGGAAGGGGGGUCACAGAGAAGGCCCACUCACUAAAAUUUUAUAGGAUUUGUUCAAAAUAUUCAUCCAUUUAUAAUAAGCCUAAAUAUUCCCUUCAGGUGUGAAAACUCACCUCAUUUUUACUGUAAUAUGCAUCAUAUAAAAACCCCUUCUAUCUGAUAGGGUUAAAUGAAAUAUUACAAUAGCUUGAGUAUUACAAUACUAUACUGUAUAGCUGUCUGCAAUCUUGAUUGUUUUUUCUUGCUGUGUCAGCUAGAAAAUUGCCAGUUAGUGAUGUGACUGUAUUUUUUUUUUAUUAUGACGGCAAUAUCUGAAUGAUAAACCUUUCCUGUUGGGUCAGAUGAACAUCAUUAUGGCCCAUGAUAAGCUUGCUCUGCCACUCAUGCUGCUCGGUGAGUAAAUAUGACCAAGCAAUCAGAUUGUUUGUAAUCAUUAACUUCUUGGUUUACCUGCUGGAGUGAUAAAGAUUCCGCAUGCCAUGGCUUUAUUGCUCAGAUUUUACCCUUAAACUGUGGCAGACACAGAAAUAAAAAUACCUGUAUGGUAAAAUUUAAAAAAAAAAAUCCUCAUAGAUUGAAAGUGUUUUUUUUUUUUUAACCCUUAAACUGUCCAAACGUAGAUCUACGUUUGAAGAAUUGAGACACUUAUGCAACACAUGGGAAUCU